CGGUGCCGUUUUUCUACAUCCGGUGUGUUCAAACCUCUCACCAGCCAGCAGUGAGCGAAGGCGGACUACUGAAGAAUAAUGGGGAGGACUGCCACUCUGCUGCUAACAUAAAAUUUCACCACCAACAAGUAACACCAAGAGCCUUGAGUCAAGACUCACUCUAACAUCGCGAGCCCAGCAGCAACACCCCUUGCAGCGCGUGCCCUUUUCAUCCGGAUAUAUUGCGACCAAGGUUUUUCAUCAGUCUUCCCUCCCCUGACCGAUGUUGAGGCCAGAGUGAGGACAGAAGCGUGUCCAAACCAGCGUUUAUCUCAUGAGUGUGUGUGUGCCAUCACGGCACUGCCAUUGACUAGGGCCGUGGCCGCGGUGGGCCCGCCCCAAGGGGGCCUUUGUACACAUCACACCAGGCCCUCGUUGAACUGUGCUGCUCACGCCAUGGAUCCACAGAGGGACAAAUAUGGCGAGCGGCCUGCCAGGAGUACCAAAGUUUCCCAGGGAAGUCGCAGUGGACACGCGUCCCGGCCGUCGGGCUCCUCGAGCUCCUCUGGGGUUCUCAUGGUGGGCCCAAAUUUUCGUGUUGGCAAAAAGAUUGGCUGUGGAAACUUUGGUGAAUUGAAGCUAGGUAAAAAUCUCUACACCAAUGAAUAUGUAGCGAUUAAACUGGAACCCGUAAAGUCAAGGGCACCGCAGUUGCAUUUAGAGUACCGGUUCUACAAAACGCUGGGAACUACAGCCGAAGGUGUGCCACAAGUGUUUUACUUUGGACCCUGUGGGAAAUACAAUGCCAUGGUUCUGGAGCUCUUGGGCCCAAGUCUGGAGGACUUAUUUGACCUAUGUGACAGGACCUUUUCAUUGAAGACUGUCCUAAUGAUCGCAAUUCAGUUGAUAUCUCGAAUGGAGUAUGUGCAUUCUAAAAACCUCAUCUAUAGAGAUGUAAAACCUGAAAAUUUUCUCAUUGGACGGCAAGGGAAUAAAAAGGAGCACAUUAUCCACAUUAUUGACUUCGGCUUGGCCAAAGAAUACAUCGACCCCGAGACCAAAAAACACAUUCCAUACCGGGAGCAUAAGAGCUUGACUGGCACCGCCCGCUACAUGUCCAUCAACACGCAUUUAGGCAAAGAGCAAAGCCGACGAGAUGACCUGGAAGCCUUAGGUCACAUGUUCAUGUAUUUCCUCCGUGGGAGUUUGCCGUGGCAAGGACUCAAGGCUGACACACUGAAAGAGCGAUACCAAAAGAUUGGAGACACUAAACGAAACACUCCCAUCGAGGUCCUGUGUGAGAACUUUCCAGAGGAGAUGGCCACCUACCUGCGAUAUGUAAGACGGCUAGACUUCUUUGAAAAGCCAGACUAUGAAUAUUUGAGGACUUUAUUCACUGAAUUGUUUGAGCGCAAAGGAUACACCUUCGACUACACGUACGACUGGGUUGGCAGGCAGAUUCCCACGCCAGUGGGAUAUGUCCAUAUAGACUCUGGGGCGUCUGCAGUCACGAGAGAGAGCCAUCCCCACAGAGACCGGACCUCUGCACACCCACCAAUAAGAAAUCAGACGGCAGUCUCUGAUCGACGAGGAGCAUGGGAGGUGCAGCCCUCUCGCCAAGCAAACUCCUCCUACCUGACCUCUCACCUAGCAGCGGACAGGCACGGGGGCUCAGUGCAGGUGGUCAGCUCAACCAACGGGGAGCUGAAUGCCGACGAUCCGCUUGGAGCUCAUUCCAAUGCGCCGAUCACCGCCCAGGCAGAGGUGGAAGUGGUCGACGAGGCCAACUGCGUGAAAAUGCUCAACCUGUGGUGCUGCUGCUUCUUCAAGCGAAAACGGAAGAAGAACACACCGCGACACAAAUGAUGGUCUACGGGCAGUUCAGUUGAUUGUGCUGUCAGAAAUCAGUGAGGUUCCAUUCAGAAUGCAAGCGCAGGGAAAGGAGAGCCCACCAUGGCGCCGUUUUCUGAAAGGACCAGCGAAAUGUUUUUGGCACACUUUGCUCAGUUGCUGGGAAUCCCCCCCCCCCCCCCAUACAGGAUUUGCGGGAUAACAUUGUGUUGAAAGCGUAAUUUUGCUCCAGGUGCGUUUUUCUCCUUUCUGCAUCUUGUUUCCCCCUCCUCCUCCUCCUGUCAUUUAUGAUUGAUCGUUAGACUCGCUGAAUCAUAUUUCAUUUCCCCGUCACUAACUCUUUUUGAUGAAAAAUCCCAUUGUGGGUAUUCCUGACGUGGGACUGAAUGUAAAGCAUGACACAUGAGGAGCCAAGAGCAUAAAUCGCUUGCAUUAGCUCCUGCACUUUCUGCCUCCAAAUAAGUGAGCCGUGGGAGCGGAGAGCACAGGACACCAGACGCGCGCGCACACACACACCCUCCUCCUGCACUGUGCUCUCAGAGAAGGAUCUCUGCUCCGGCUCCGAGAUCAAGUGCCCCUCUCGACACACUACAACCCUCCGGACUCUUGCCCUGUUUUGUGAACGCUCUGAGUUGGGCUGGAAAGAAGAAACUAUUUAUGAUAUUUAUCUCUUGGUUGCCACCAGUUUUCUUACUAAUUCUCCCAACAUACACGCUGAAUGUAUGAACCGAAAAGUACGUGAAUUCGGAGCAUUUAUGUCGUUUGUCCUGUGCAUGGGAAGGGAAGAGCGCAACGUUUCAAGGUGAGACCAAAACUAUGGUGGAGAGGCCGUGUGAUGUUCUUGAGAUGGGAUGUGAUGGACUCUGCACCAGUAGUUGCUUUGGAGCUCCUCAACACUACUGUUCUCUGCCUUAACCCCAAACAACCGCCUCACUUGACUGGUGUUUAAAAAAAAAAAAAGGCAUCCUGAUCUGAUCGUUGUUAUAUUUGCAGCAGUUUGAGGGGUUAAGUGAUUUAUAUAUAUUUU